UGCUUGACACCCACACACAUGCAAAUAAAUUAUAUAGACACAAUUUUAGAAAGACGCGCCAACGCCAAGCAAAACCAAACCAAACGAACGCCAACGCUACAAACCACAAGCAAUGAAUUACACCGAUGGGAACACCAAAGGAAGAUACAAUCCGCAUAUCGCGAAGAGGGUGCAAGCGCGUAAGGCCCGUGAUCGGGCAGCAUUACAGCGAGCACGGUUAGCCUUACAACGAGCACGAUCAGAGGAGGCUGGCAACCGGGCCGCCAACAUUGGGGCUGUGAGCCGUAGGUCCGCUGAAUGCGCCCCGGCCGCCAUUCAAUGGGCGUACUACGGUGGAUCCGCUAACCGCGGAGACCACAACGUUGGCGCCCAGAACCGGCGUGAGGCAGCCAGCGUGCCUGCUGAAGGGAAUGCCAUACCCGGGGCCGGGUCCGAAAAGGUCCUUAACGCAGCAAAAGAGACGCAGGUGGCCCGGGUUGCUCAGGCGCUGCAAACUUUGGGCAACCUACCGGAUGAAGAUCUAAAGUUGAUGAUUGCCACCGUAAUGGCAGUUGUCGACUUGAAUUAAAAUAACAAUUUGUAAA